AUGGCUGCAACCGGGAUCUACUUUGUCGGCGCUCUGUUGCUGUGCCUUUGCGCUUGUGCUUGGGCAGCUCCAUCCGUGAGUGAUUUGGAGCAGUUUGGGGAACUGGAGCGCACGCUCAAGGAUCUGGCCACAUCGGUGCUGGCCAUGAAUGGUGGCACUGCUGGUGGCGGUGAGUCUGGCAUGAGUAAGUACUUCCUGCUUCCAAGCAUGACUCUGUUCACAACUCGGUGCUCUCCUUACAGCGGAUGUCAAUGCGAGGGAUCUGGAGAGCGAUAUGGAUUGGGAAAGCGAUGGCGCGACUAUUUUGGAGUAUCUGAACAAGCUGUCCCUAUGAAAAUGGUCCGAGUUGACGGAGCUCAGUUCUCGGUGCUGCUAGACAAUGUUUUAGCAGACUUGUAG